UAUAAAAUUGGUCUAAAUGAUUUGGUACAAACCUCGUUAAGAAACUGUUCAAAUUCUGCAUCUAAAUCUCUAUUUGACUCCCGCAAACGUUCCUUGAGUGUGUCCCAUUUGCUCAUGACUCUAACCUGCUAAAUCACUACACAUUUAGACAAAAACCAAUGCCAAAAAAUACAGUAAAUUGCAAAAAUCUUUGUCUAAAUUAUUUUGGAAAACAAUAAAAAUAUAAAUAUUCCGCGGCUUGGUAACCAGGCCAGCCCGUUUUUUGAUUGGUCAGAAGUAUUUCAACCAAUCAAAUUGCUGGAUUCAUGCGAAAUGAAAACCAAAUAUUUUCAAUAUGGCGAACGCUCGAGCAGUUGAAGAGGUGCCUAAAUCUGGCAAAACCAGGACGAAAACAAGCAUAUUCUGGAGUACAGUACCAGAAAAGGAACAGUUUAGAAAUGUACAAGUGCCAGGGGUUGCAUUGGAUCGUUUUAAGGAUGUUAAAAAUAACACACAAGCACAGAAAUACGUACAAGUUGUGCAGAAAUCAAAGUCCGAUAGCGCCAUUUCGAAUACACGUAGUGACCCUUUAACCGUAAACAAACAGGGAAAAACGGGUCAUAAAUUUGCAGUGAAGCAAAAUGAUCUCUCGGGUAAAAGGAAAGAUGCUUCCAGCAUUUUUAAAGGUAUAUAAAAAUAGUACAACUCUGGCCGAUUUGGUCAUUUGUGUAUGCUAAUUGCAAACCUGUAAUCAGCUUCACAAAAUUAAGCCCAAGGAAAGUUUGUAUUGCGCGCCCGAGAUAUCUGGCGCGCAAUUUUGAUGCUUUCUAUAUAUUUACUAUUAAAUUUUCGAAAUCUCGGCCGCGCAAUUUCCAAAGUCUUCAUAAUUUGUAGUACAAGUCUUCAUAAUUUGUUAUCUGUGGACUAGUCACAUCAUAUAUCAAUCUUUCUCAAAAUAUCAUGCGACUAGUGCACCAUAAUAACGUUUCCCAUACUGUCGAUAACUAAUAGUCAAAUAUAAAUCUCUCGAUAGUCUUUGCGUUUCCGGAUCGUUUUGUCUUUAAAUACCCUCUCAUGUUGUUUAGCCUCGGUUUUGCCAGCAAAGCAAGGGGCUAAGUGUAAACAUAAAGACAAAAGAUGGAAUAAAGAAAGGCAGUGAACUUGCUGUGGUUUAUGUCUACGCUAUCUAAAAAGCCGAUUAAAAACAUUUCAACGUAGGCCUUUCAUCAGGAGGAUAAACUUUGGCAGGUAGUUGAGACACAAACUAGGGCAGAAUAACUAGUAGCUACCUACAUUUCAACUAUUGAACAAAAUGACUUUGCAAUGAGUAUGCUUUUCUGUUCAAGGUGCUUCAAGUGACCAACUUGCCAACAUAUCGACCUUGUCGGAGAACAGUAAAGCUAGAAGAGCUUCUUUAAAGAAUUUGAACGUCGAGGAUAAAAAAAGAGUCGCAAAUUUAAUCAAAGAGCUCGCGAAGACGGGCGAGGAAAGAGAACUCGCGCUUGAACGACUCCAGGAAGAACGCGUGUCUUUUGACGAACAACUGGGCACUGUGCAAGAGGAACAAACAGCGUUGAAGCAAGAACGAGAGGCGUUGAAACAGCGCUUGGAGAAAAGCGAGAAGCUUUUAAAGAAAUAUGAAAGUGAGCUAAAGGAUGUUAAGAUUGAAAAAGAAGAGCAGGAAAAGAUUUUAAAGAAAAAGUUUCAAGCACAACCACAAAGUACACAAACAUCGCCAUUGAUUCAAAAUUUCAGCACGGAUGGUACAACUAAAUCUGGAAGAUUCAAAUCUGAGCAAGAUGACAUCCAACCACGUGGAAUCAAGAAAAUGCGAAGUACUCAAGCGUAUAUUGGCGAUAGUGAAAGUAAUGAUCGUGAUGGUAGAAGGCGGUGGAGUACACCUCAAGUACCAGUCUAUUCCAAUAGUCUAUUUGAUGUGAAAGUUAGCAAUGUUGAACAUGAACAAAACAGUGAGACGCCAAGUGUAAGUGAAGAGUACCAACGUUCAAGUGUGGCGGAGAGUGGUGGCUUGCAUGAGUUGUAUUUGAGGGAGUAUUCAUUACAACUGCGCUUACAGGAACAGCAGAUUGAGAUCCAACGACAGCAAGUUCAGCUACAGCAACAGUUACAAUUACUGCAACAACAACAGCAACAGGGGCGGCGACAACAACAGGGGCAACAACAACAACAGCAACAUCAGCCAGAAUUAGCAAAACAACAACAACGCCACCAAGAACAAAAUAAUCAACAGCAAGGGCUAACUCAACAACGCGAAAAACACAAUGAACAACACUCCUAUCAACAAAACCAAGAACAGCACGUUCAUAAUCAACAUGAACCACUGGAAUAUAAACAGAAACAUUCAAACGCAGACCAUAAACAACAACAUAAAAAACAAGAAUGGCGAAAGCAAUCUAACCAGCAGGUGCUGCACUCACGAGAACACCAGCUACAACCACUGGAUCAACCCCAGAGCUGGCAUCAACAAGAACCACAAUAUCCUAGUGAACAAAAGAAUGAAGACAUUUUCACACAAUCUUCUCCUACACAACAAACUAAUUUGCUGCAGAAGCGAACACCAGAACGAAAAGGCCACAAAAUUGAACCAAAACACCGAGCAGAUACUGAUAUACCACAUGAACACGCAAGUCACUCACCACGGCAGCGACACGAACACGACCACCAACAGCGCGUGGUGGAAAAUUUAAGACAUGGACAUGAGCAUGAAGAUGUAUUGGAUGGACAAAAUGGUGAACCACAGACUAAAGACAGAUCUUACACACCAUCUGGUUCACCGUCGCAUCGUCAUUACCAUCAUUCAGGUCGUGAUGUGGAGAAGAAUCGAUUUGCUGAAGAACAUCAAACCAACAGGAAUAAAGGUCAAUAUGGCACAGAUUCUACUAGUUUUGAACAACGUUAUGUGAGCAAGAGGAAAUUGUCCAGAAAACUCGAUCGAGCAAAUUAUGCUAAACAGAUUGACCUCAAUAAUAACGAGUAUUUCCAACCAAAGUCUCAUAGUCAACAAAAGAAUCGUUAUGAUAUAAACGAUCAUUUGGUGCACGGUCAUUAUCCUCAAGAGUAUUUGUCUAAGUCUUACAGCGAGACUGAUGACGACGUGGAGCAGCAUCACUUUAGUUCAGAGCGACCUUGUCAUUGUGGGUAUUACCAUAACCACACCAGGCAACAACAUGCGACCUUGGACUAUGACCAGGCUAUACCAAACCAUAGCCAUUCCAAAGGUAUACCACAGCAUGGUCUCAAGCAGAAGUCACCACAUGUUAUCAUAGAAAACCCACACCAAAAGGGCGAACCUCUCCAUGCUCAGGUAUACCAACAGCCAAUUAGGCACCAACAUUCACCAGACAGAACUAACUCUUACCAUCAAAGGUUACUGUAUGAUCUUAAGCCCAUACGAGUACCUGAAAAUAGACCACCAUUAGGUCAUCAUCAUCAUCACCUUCACAAAGGUGAAUAUCACCAUCGUCCAGAUAUACGCGAGGAACACCAUGGUGCACCACACUAUGCAACUCACAAACACGAGGGAGAAUCAGAAUAUGAAGCAGCUUUUUACCAGCCUUCACAAGAAAUCGGCAAUAAGCACCAACCGACAGAACGUAGAACUUACACACGUCAUCAAUCACGUUCCCCUACAGGUGUCCUAUUAUCACCGCAAGUUGGGAAGACAGAACAUGAUUACCUACCUUCCGACGGACUACAAUAUUCACGAUCACAGAUGAAUCGGGAUAGAUCAAAAUAUUUAUUAGAUGAUUAUAUUUACAACCAUCAAACUGCUGGUCAAGACAAUUAUGAACCACGGGCCACAAGCAAUAAGCACUCGACCAACAGAAAGAUAUCGAGAAAAAGCCAUGGCAACACGGAAAUAGAAGGAGAGGAAAAUGGCCAUCUUGCGUUGCCGUGCAUGACUAGCCAACAAAUCCAAUACGAAGGCAAGUAUAUUACUUUGUUCUUUGUUGACAUGCUGUAAAGGGUUUUGAAGACGCACUUUUUCAUUGCCGUCGUAAUCGUUUUGUCGAGGAGACGAGUUCGUCUUAGAGAUUACUAUCGUAUUUGUAAUUUUGUUUUCUUUUUAAGUUCAUUGCCACCAUAACAAAAACUGUAUUCUCUAUUUUUUUUAAUAUAGACGAGAAUCCAAAUCCUAGUUAUUCACUGUACAAACCUAAUAUUCCACAUCCAACCAGAGAACAACCAGAAUAUCCUAGAAUCCCGCCAGGCCACAACAAUGACCAAUAUUCUCGGAAGAGGUAUCCAAAUUCUUUGGUAGAGAUUGUAGAAGACCUAGAGAUACACAGCGGAUACGAGGAAAGAUAUUCUGAAGAGACUGGGAUGUACUCAACCGAAGAACCUGGUUACGAUAGCGAUGAAGAAGAAAGUACUGUACUUGAUAAUAUAUUUUUCCUUAAGAGAUAGGUAUUUCAAAUAUCAAAUACAGGAAGCUCUAGGCGGCUUCAAUAGUGGUAUAUUAACGUAGUGGCCAACAAAUUUACUAUGAGAAUGAGCAUACGAAUUAGAGACUUACUGUUCUGAUCACAUGCAUUUGCUUAGCUCAAGUAUCAGGCUCUAAUUAGUCCAAUACUCAGGUUAGUAAUUGCCAACACACACUAGGUCAAUACAUAUGGUGAACAAUGUAGAGACUCUCGUAACUUUCUUUCUUUCUUUCUGGAGUUGACCACCUCUGUGGAGAAAAUGAACAUUUCUCGUGUAGUCGUGUUUAGUGAAAUUCACCCAUGUAUAGUUGUGUGCCACCCCAAUGCCGUAGGCUUGAUUUUAGCAGAAAAUAUUGUCCUAUAAUUGCCUUAAACGCGAUUGAUUCGGUUACUAUUUUCUCCGCAUCGGUGUCAAACCCAGGAAAAGUAAGGCGUGCGGGCAAUAUGUGAAGGCGCGUAGGGCAUCAUGGGACACAAAUUUCCCACAGUCCCUCAGCGUUAGUUUAUUCAUUCUGAGCGCGUUUAUUAAAUAUUUAUUGCAGGUCGCCCUCGAAAACACCUGUAUAGUCGGUGUAUUAUUGUAAACGAAAUAUAACAAACGCAGCCCUCUCACAUGAAAUCUAAAAUAAAAGACAAUCUCAAAGACUUACUCGGGUUAAACGUCCUACAAAUAUAAAUACGAAUAUUAUAUAGACCCAUAUUUUUAUAGUGUAUAUUUAUGUGUAACAAAGAGUCUAUAUAUAUAUAUGGUAAUCUUCUUUGUAAUAUAUAAUUCAUAGUUAAGAAGAAGUGUUAUGGAUAUAACUCAAAAAUAUUAGAUUAAAAUUGAUCUAUUUUUACUCAGAAAAUAUUUGGCCUUUAUUGGAUGUAUUAAAGUUGACAUUUCUAUAUAGAACUGCACAUACACAACAAUUGUAUAGAAAUUCUAACAGUGAAAUCCAUGGCUGCCCAAUGUACAUUAACAUGCUGUCGGAACUAAUUAAAACUCCUUAAAAGAUUAAACAAGACAUUGCACUUCUCUACUACGCUACAAACAUCCUGACGACGGAUGACGAUUCUGAUGACCGGCCUUUUUAAUCUUCAGGUAGUUUAGAUACAAACCACGGCAGCUUAGUAAACUAGAUACACUGGACCCCCACGUUCGAGACACAAUGUAAUUUGCGAGUCGUUGACAAAAGGCAGCGAAUUAAAUGUAUAAAACAUUCAUUCUCCCAUAUGCAAACAAACCAAGAUCAUGGGGCUUGUCAAUGUUAGCAGAAAUAAUUACCAAAAAUCCUAUAAGAAUUAAUAUGUCCAUAUUUCGAAAAUGUCCAACUAAAAUUCACGAUAUAUCUAUUAAGUCUAUCUGUUGCGUUUCCUCCGGCUCCGUUUUUCUCGCUGUGCCAGGACUAGAUGACGGGCUGGGUACGAAGGCUGCAUUCACAAAUACUUUAUUCAAAUCUAUACCUCCUUUAUUUACUUUGGGUGAACCGAUUGGACUUCCUCUCAUUGGACUUCCAGUCUGUCUCAACGAAGGACUAGACGGCGAUGGCGUUCCAGUGUCACUAAACUCCCCCCGUGGGGACGAAUUGCUGUUUCGUCGCAAUCUGGUUGUAGCUUUGAACGAAAGCCUACGGAGAAGACCUUUGGAUUCUCGUCGCUCUGUGGUUUUCACUGGGCUUUCUGUUUCAGAGUCCGGUGUGUUGAGUUGCCCUAGUGAUGUAGUACCACCGUCUGAGAAGGCACCGCUUGAUUCAAGCUCAGACUCAUUCAAGCUUUCUGCGUCCGAGCUUAGUUGAGAUUCUGUAGAUAAAGUUCGUUUGUGAUUGCCUUCUCGUAGCUCGUCAGACCCAUUCAGCUCUAUAACUCGAUCCUUUGAAGAUGCUAUCAUGAUUUGUGAAAUCCAUUGUUGUCGAUGAAACGCUGAAGAGCAUUUUAACUUGUAGAGCGAGUUGCCUCCGAGCACUAACUUGAAACGAAAAUGAUAAUUCCUACGUUGUAAAAGUUCACAACGUGUCUCGCUUGAUAGUUCGAUAGUUUUUAUCGCUUCCUCGCCACUCUCCUCCGAACAUUCAUCGGAAUAAAGCAGGAUGCGGUUAUCUCGGAUAGCAACCCAAUAUUCGAUCCAGUUAUUCUUUCCUUCUUCUACCUUAAGAUAGCCCGAAUAGGAAUUGUCGCUCGGACACUGUCCCUGUAGCAAUGAUUCAUACAUUGUAGACAAUUAUUAUUUAAAUUGCUUUAAUCACACAAUAGGCUGUCAACGAUUCAAAUUAUUUAAAUCUAACAAAAUGUUUGGAUUAACCUGUGCUGUAACUGUGUAUGAUUUAGCAGCUUCAUAAACACAUGAAUAACCAAUCACACUUGAUGCGGUUUUAUUUUGUUGCUAAAAUAUUCAUGUAAGCGACGGAAACAGCUUGGUAAAGACGAAAGUUUAUUUCAAAUACAUAAUGUAUUGGAUACAAUAAAG